AGACAAGCAAUAACCUCCAGUUUGUGAUUAUCAUUGAAAUUGAAUUCUGCGAUGACAGGUUGACGAUGCUAGUAGUGGUUCUGUCUUGAUUCAUUUUGGUUUUUUGAUAUUUUAAUGGGGCCUUUCUUACUUUGUAGCCCUGGCUUGCCUGGAACUCAACAGAAAUUCACAUUUCUCUUUUUGAAUACUAGGACUAAAGGUGUGCACCACUGCGCUUAACCUGGCAGGUUUAUUUUGAAAGGGUGGCUUGAGAUCGUCUCAUACUAUAGUCCUGGUUGGUCUGUAAUGUAGCCCAGGCUGGCUUUAGACCUCCCAAGUGUUGGAAUACAGGCCUAGAGCACCAUACUCACCUCUGAUGCUGUGUGUGUGUGUCUGUGUGUCCUUUUUUGAGACAAGGUCUUGUUUUGUAGCCUAGGCUGGCAUUGGUUCUGGCUCUGCCUCCCAAGUGUUUAGAGUGCUAGAAUCAUGGGCAUGCACAAUCACUAGCUAUCCUGGGCUUUUUAGUGGGUUGACCUACUACCACAGAUAAACUGCCUUGAUCAUCAUCAGUGGUCUGUCUUGAAAUUGGAAUCUAGAGUCCUUGCGGUGUUUUGCUCUUGUGUUUCCUGCAACCAUUCUGCUCAGGUUCUGGGUCCUUAGGCUGGAUUGUUACCACCUUACCUUCAUGCAAAGUCAAACUUACUCCACCAAGGUUCCACAUCCAGUUCUGAGUAAUGUGGUGCUGUCCUGUUUGAGGACACUUCUAUCCCUUACAGAGACAGAGGAGGUGGUAACGACACUUUAUUUAGGGAUGAGAACUGAGGUUGAACAUGGCUGUAACGUGAUACAUGAGAGCUUGACAAUUGAUCUACGUCUCCAGUCUCAUUUAUUUAUUUAUUGUAUAUGUUCACUUGAGAUUGAAUUCUAGAAAUCUUUGGAUGCUGACAUUCUGCCUGCACACUCCCAAACUCCCUCUUAAACACCAUUAAUCACUUCUUAGGGUAAAAGGUCAUCUUCAGAGCUCUGUUCCAGCCAACUGGACAGACCCUUCCAUGCAGGCACUGAUGAGCUAUCCUUUCUCCAAGCCUCCAAAGGAGGGGUCUUUGGGGAGAGUACUAAAACACUGAUUCACAUCACAUGGCCAUUUGGAAGGGUGUCAAACCAGAGGCCUGCAUUCUGCAGCCAACAUCUUGGAUCUGCCACUCAAUGAAGGGUCUUUUUGUUAAGCCAGAAGCCACAGAAGUGGGGAGGAAGCACCGUGCAAACGAACAUCAUCAGUUAAGGAAUCUGACCAAACUAGUCCUUGAAGAUGAGCAGAUACGUGAAAGACUCAACUGAAGCGCCAGGACCAGACAAGGCGAGGAAGAACAAAUGAAACUGAAGGAGCCAACAGUUGACAUGAGUGGCAAGGUGAUGCCGGAGGACUGAGGACACUCUAGGGGAAAUAAAUGCUGGGCAAGCUCAGGAAAGUGCUUGGGGUUCUCCAGUUGGAAUUUCCUCCUUUGCUAUAUCCAGAAUUCUGCACUGCAGAGAUUAGAAUUUUGCUCUUCCACCUGCCGUGGAUGGGUGUGGAGCAAACCCUCUCGGAAUGAGUCACUGCAGAGAGGGUGUGGGGCUCCCUAAAGUACAGCAAGGAAGAGCACCUAGUGGCCAUUGCAUGCUCUUGUAAUGACAGUAGCAAGUGCAGUCUGCAUGUUCUAGGCCAGAAAGAUGCCCUAAGGAAUCUGAAGGUCCUUAGGAUUCUGGAUGUGUACAUAUACAGAAGUCACAUUCAUCUUUGGCAAUAUGCGUAUUGAGAACUUGACUAGAUUAUAGGAUGGGCCCAAACAAGAUGAUAUUCAGGCCCCAAUGUGAAUGUCUGCGAACAUCAGCCACGUGGGUUGAGGUAGAGAGAUGGCUGGCAAUUUGUGUUUUCAUACCAUCAUCACAGAACUUGUAUUAGUUGCUUGUCUUAUGGCAGAAUACCCCCAUAAAAGCAAGGAAGGGAGGGUUUAUUUUGCUCAGUUUGAAGGUGCAGCCAUCAUGGUGAGGAAAGCAUAGAACCAGGAGCUUGGGGCUGCUGGUCACACUACACUUGCAGUCAAGAAGCAGAGAUGAAUGCCAGUGCCCAGCUUAUGGUCUUUUUGUUUGCUUCAGCCCAGCCAUACUCAGGGUGGGUCUUUACAACUCAAUUAAAUCACUCUGGAGAUAGUUCUGACACACGCAAAGGUUCAUUUCCUAGGUGCUUCUAAAUCCAGUCAAGUUGAAAACAAGGAUUAGCCAUGAAAACAACAACCAGAAGCGCUUGAGGCUUUCCUCUGAUGGCAAACUAAGGGAACCAAUGAGCAUCCAGCACCCAAGUUAACGUUUGGCCCAGCAACUGAAAGUGAAGUGUCUGUGGGAAGGCAGCUGGCAUCCAGGCCACAGUGUUCAUCUGUGGCCACCAAUGCCAAGGAUCUUGGGAUCAGCCUGAGGCAGAACCAAGUGGACUUGUUUGGGAAGUGCAUUUUCAGACAAGUGUAGUUAGUUUUUAAAACUAGCUUAGCUGAUUUUUAAUGACAGUGAGUUUCCUAUUCCUGGGAGUUUUUACACAAAAGCAUGACUAAUCCAGCCUGGGUGGGGUUAGGCAGGGUCCUUGCUCCAGAACAAGGUAAAAUGUGGACCUCCGUUCAGUUUCCCCUCAGCUAGAUCAUUCUCGGUCCUAUUCAUCACUUGGCUCUACAUUUAUCGACCUAAACCUCUUUCUGGGCUGGGCCAGCUGCAAAGGAGGCCAAAAUGGAGCCUUUCUAGUUCUGUGUCCCUGGCUCCACUGCCCACUGCCCACUGCCCACUGCUUUCUUACCUUCCAAGUGGGCCAGGAAGCUGUCCAUCCAACCACUUGACUCAAGGUGGUCUGUGGUUCAAAACAGGCUAAUGCCCUUUGGAUGGGGAGCAGACUAACCCACCAACACAUGUAUUCAGACCAGCUGGUCGGCUUGGGGAGAGUCAAAACUGCCUAGUCUCAAGAGACCCAGUGUCCUGGGUUUGAGUGUUCCCAAGUCUCACCUUCUGAGAAUACAGAUGUAUUGCGUUCCACAGAAACCCAAAAACCUUGUUCCUGAAGUGUCUUUCCAACCCAGGCUUUGGUCUGAAGCCCUCAGUCAUUCUGUGGAAGGCGACUCCCAAACCCAGGCAGGGGGUGUGGGCCGAGGGUGAAACCCCGCCCUCGGGGUCCCUGAUCUUUGCUCCCGCCCCGGGCUCCACGCCUCCCGCAGAGGCACCGGCGGGCGGCGCUCCUUUUGUGUGUUUCUCUCCAAGGUGCAAGGACCCCCACCCCCUGCCUCUCCAGGCAGUCCUCCCCCAAACCCUAGCCCUCUUCUCGGCGUCCUGAUCCUCCUGCCAGCUGGGGGGAUUGGAUCGCUCCUAGGAGGAGGGACAAGGUCGGCAGCCCCUUCCCUGGUGCGGGGGACCUGAGCCCACUGGAGUCCAGGAGCGCUGCUGCCAGUCAUGUGGGCUGGACUGUUGCUCCGUGUUGCCUGCAUCGUGAUCCUGUUGCUGGGGUCUUCGGCCCGAGGCUACACUGGGAGGAAGGCGCCCGGGCACUACUCGGCAGAGAGACGUCGUCUGGGCCCCCAUGUCUGCCUUUCCGGCUUUGGGAGUGGCUGCUGCCCUGGCUGGGCCCCUUCCAUGGGCAGUGGGCACUGUACCCUACCCCUCUGCUCCUUUGGUUGUGGGAGUGGCAUCUGCAUCGCCCCCAAUGUCUGUUCCUGCCAGGAUGGAGAGCAAGGGGCCACUUGCCCAGAAGCCCAUGGAUCCUGCGGGGAGUAUGGCUGUGAUCUCACCUGUAACCACGGUGGCUGCCAGGAGGUAGCCCGAGUGUGCCCUGUGGGCUUCUUGAUGACUGAGACAGCCGUUGGUAUCAGGUGUGCAGACAUUGACGAGUGUUUAAGCUCAUCUUGUGAAGGCCACUGUGUGAACACGGAAGGUGGUUUCGUGUGCGAAUGUGGGCCAGGCAUGCAGUUGUCUGCUGAUCGUCAUAGCUGCCAAGACACCGAUGAGUGCCUGGGAACUCCCUGCCAGCAGAGAUGUAAGAACAGCAUUGGCAGUUAUAAAUGCUCCUGCCGUGCCGGCUUCCACCUCCACGGCAACCGGCACUCCUGUGUAGAUGUGAACGAGUGUCGGCGACCGCAGGAGAGGCGUGUCUGUCACCACACCUGCCAUAACACUGUGGGCAGCUUCCUGUGCACCUGCAGACCUGGCUUCAGGCUUCGAGCUGACCGUGUGUCCUGUGAAGCUUUCCCGAAGGCCAUUCUGGCCCCAUCUGCCAUCCUGCAGCCCCGGCAGCACCCUGCUAAGAUGUCCCUGCUCCUUCCCGAGGCAGGCCGGCCUGCCUUGUCCCCAGGACACAGCCCUCCCCCAGGGGCCCCAGGAUACCCCACUGGAGUCAGAACAACCCAUCAGCCAUCUACCACCCUGGCCCUACCCACAUUCUUUCCCACACAGUUGCUAUCCACCCCAGGGCCAAGUUCCUCCCUCCUGGGGACCCUCGGACCCCCCUCACUCCUCCAGGGGGAGGCAGUAGGGACCCCUUCCUCACCCAGGGGCCCGGAAGGCACAAGGCUGGGAACAGGGCUCUCCUCCUGCCAGCACCAGGGAGCCACAUAUGAAUCAGGGAGCCGCUGGAGCCAGCCUGGCUGUUCUCAGUGCUUGUGCCGGGAUGGAGAGGUGACCUGUGGAAAAGUGAGGUGUAACACCACCUGUUCCCAUCCGAUCCCCCCGAGAGAUGGGGGAUGCUGCCCCUCUUGCACGGGCUGCUUUCACAGUGGUGCCAUCCGAGAAGAAGGGGAUGUGUUUUCCCCUCCUGAGGAGAACUGCACUGUGUGCGUCUGUCUGGCUGGAAAUGUGUCUUGUAUCUCCCCGGAGUGUCCCCCUGGUCCCUGCAAGGACUCCCCCACAUCAGAUUGCUGUACUUGUGUGCCAGGGAGAUGCUAUUUCCAUGGCCGAUGGUACACGGACGGGGCUGUGUUCAGUGGAGGUGGUGACGACUGUACUACCUGUGUCUGCCAGGUAGGCUGUGAGGAGUGCUCCUUUACACCAUGUCCAGAACUAGAGUGCCCUCGGGAGGAGUGGUGGCUGGGCCCAGGACAGUGCUGCUUUACCUGUUGGGAGCCUACACCCACCACAGGCUGCUCUCUAGAUGACAACGGGGUUGAGUUUCCAAUUGGACAGAUCUGGUCGCCUGGUGAUCCCUGUGAGUUAUGCAUCUGCCAGGCAAAUGGCUCUGUGAGCUGCCACAGGACAGACUGCGUGGACUCUUGCCCUCACCCCAUCCGGAUUCCUGGACAGUGUUGUCCUGACUGUUCAGCAGGCUGCACCUACACAGGUAGAAUCUUCUACAACAACGAGACCUUCCCAUCAGUGCUGGACCCCUGUCUGAGCUGCAUCUGUCUGCUGGGCUCGGUGGCCUGUUCACCUGUGGACUGUCCCAUCACCUGUACCUACCCCUUCCACCCGGAUGGAGAGUGCUGUCCUGUGUGCCAUGACUGUAACUUUGAAGGGAGAAAGGUAGUGAAUGGUCAGGUGUUCACCUUGGAUGACGAGCCCUGUACCCGGUGCAUCUGCCAGCUGGGAGAGGUGAGCUGCGAAAAGGUCCCUUGCCAGCCGGUCUGUACUGAUCCCUCCUGCCCAGAUUCCCUCCUUCCUCCAAAAGAAAGGCAGCGACCCUCCCCUCAUGGAGACCUUGGCAAAGAUGCUCGGAGCCUCCGUGGAGACACUGGAGUCCCUGCCAACUGUAGCUCCUGCCCAGGGCCCCCAUCAGCAUCACCUGCAAGGCGCACAUUCCAGCUCCUGCAACUGCUUUUGAGAGCAAACCUGUCUGAUGUGCAGACUGUAUUCCCAGGCCCACCAGUAGCCCACACCUCCUCCUCACCCCCGCUGGAGUCAGAGGGUACAUUUCCAGGGGAACCUGGAGCCUCUCAGCCUCCUGAGCCCUCAGCAGGGUCUUCGGUCUCUCCUGGAUCCUCUACUCUACCUCCAGCCUUUCCAGGGACUCCUUGGUCACCUGUCACUCCAGAGAGCUCUUCCUCAACGUUUGGGGCAGCAUUCCGGUGGCCUCUGUCUGCCACCCACUUGACUGAGGCAGAAGUACCUUCGACGACCAGUCCUGACCUCUCAGAGACCCUCAGCACAUCCUUGAAGUCUCAAAGACUAUCUCCAGCUCUCCUGGACACCCCCAACCCUGGUCCCCAACAGCCCACAACAGACAUCUCAAAGAAGGAAGAGUCUCCCGUCUGAGUGGAUCACCAUGCCUGGGACACACCAGACAGAGCUCUCUGCCAGUGGCCUGGUAGGUGUGUGUGACCCCAGGGGUGACCCAGUGGGGUCUCAGAGAAGACCUGAGAGUAAGAUGGUCUAUCAAGGAGAGAGGCAGUGGAAGAAACAGCCAAAACAUCCCUUGACUCUGGACUUUUAGCCUCCAGAAUUGUGAGAACAUAAGUUUCUGUUUAGCCUCCAUCCUUGACUGUGGUAUUGGUCACAGUGGCCCUGGCACACUAAGUCGGCACUGCCCACUCUCGCUUGGGCAGAGCCGUGCCCGGUGUGAUCCCGUCACCGCGCACUCUUGAAUGUUUUGGGAGUGUCUGUAAUCUCUGUCAUUAUGCUUUGUUUUCAACACUGAUUUCAUGUCAUGUUCAUUUCGAGAUGUGUUCAGAACACGUGUUACGUCCCCA